AUGCCUACACGUUUCUCACCCCCCGGCAUGGAUUCAAGGCUCCGGGAGGAGCUAUCCAAGCUUUCCAUUGAGGAAAUGAUCGAAAUGUUGGAGAACUCCGACAUGGAAAUUAUCCCUGGCCUUUGGAAAGUAUACCACCAUGCUUUGCCCGCCACGGAGACCAACCGGCGGCUCGAGAAUCUCUUCUGGAGAAUCUGGAGCAAUCCGACUCUCCAGAACCUCGUCAACAUGGAGAUUUUGAUGCGCGUGGUCUGGUGCAUCGACAGUCCUGCGGGCAUCACCCAGGUCCCCGAGCUGACAGGAUGGCAGCCAACCAUCUUCGAGGAACGAGUCUUCGAGUCUGAUGUGACAGCGGGCUGGGACAUGGAGAGCGGAUUCUGGGACGAAGGGACCUUCGCCGACCAGAGCGGCCUGGACUCUUCCGAGGGUACUGAGUCCGAUGGCAACGAGGCCUAUGCUCGCUUUAUCAAGUCACUGGCUGAAACAAAGAAUGAGGAGAAGAAGCCGGUUAGGACUAUGGUCGCUGCCGUGGAUGCUGCUUUGGCCAUGUUCUCUGGAAUAUUGCCUCAGAAUAUGCUUCGCGCUCAGAACCCGAUUUCGCCGUUGCAGCAUUCGACCGUGCAGUCAAUCAUCUCCAGCACCUAUGCCCGCUUUAUCGAGAUAAUGGCUGAAAAGAAUGGGAAGAAGAAGCAGACUGCCGCUGACGCUGACCGCGAGUCUUCUUCGAGUCCUUCUCUCGUUUCUUCUCACGUUUCCUCUCCUCGUCCCUCUCCUCCGAGUCUGUCUCCCAGUGCCUCUUUCAUUCUCUCUCCUAAUCUUUCCUCUAUUCGCUCCUCUAGAGGUUCUUCGAGUCCGUCUCCUCCUCCCAGCCUUUCCCCUAAUCUUUCUCUCAAUCCGUCUUCCAUCCCUCCCUCCGGUUCUCCCUCGGACGCUUCUUCUAGCUCUGCUCCCAGCGCUUCUCGCAGUCCUUCUCCAGAUCAAUUCGUCAGUCCCUCUCAGGCUUUGACCACCCGUCCGCAGACUCCUGAAAGUGAUGAGGAGGAAUUCAUGUCUUUUGAGGGAUCCACCCAAUCUAGUGGUCCAUAA